CACAUUAUCCAUCACAUAUUUUCAUAAGAAAAUCACACUCAGCAAAUAUAUAUCAAAACAAAAUAUGAAGCCAAUAAUCUUCUUAUUCGUUUAUCUCAUCUUUCUCCUUCUCGCCAGAGGAGCAAUAUCGGACGAUGCAUGGCAUCCUGUACCGGAUUUACAAGACAAGUUUAUCACCGGGAUUGUACAACUCACAGUCAACUUGAUGAAUGAGGACCCUGGGUUCGGCAUAAAGCUGAUAAAUGUGGAAAAGUGCGAGUUCCAAGAUACCGUUGAUGGUCGUUAUUAUCACUUCUUUUUUAACGCCAUCCAAUCAAGAACAAACAUAAUGCACACGUUUGAGGGAUCAGUUUUAAAGGAGCUUAAUGGUCAUUUGAGAGUUAUGUGGUUUAAAUGGGACAAGACAAGGUUAAUACGGUAGGUGAUGUAUUUUUCUUCAAGAUUUCGCAAUAAAAUAUGUAAAAGUUGUUAGGGAUUUUUUAAAUGUUGUGAAUGGAAAUGAAAGGGGAAAUGUUUAAGAGAAUCUCUUGAAAUACCAUGUUAGUAUGAUGUGUGAAGGCGUGCACUCGAAUUCGAUCGAUUUGAUGCAAUAUGUGGGUAAUCGGUUAAAUGGGGUUGUGUAACCAACCGCACCAAAUCGAACCAAGUUAAACCAAAUCAAAUUGAACCGAUAUGGCGGUUGGAAUAACCAAAUCAGUCCAACUUCCAUAGGCCGAACCGAUGCAAUAUUUGAAAUUUUUUGAACUAACAAAUGUAAUGGUUAGAGUGUAACCACCCAUAUGAAGAGUUGCAUCCCUUCAUAUGCAACCGUUCAUUCUCUAUAAAUAAGCAUCUACCCCUCUGGUUUUGUGAUGAAUUUUUCUGGUACCGAAAUUCUGCUAAAAUCCAAAAGUUGGUUUUUCUGCAUUCGAAAAGAAAAAAAUUGAGUCAAGUUUGGUCUCGCCGUCUUGUUGCGUUCGUUGAUUUUCAGGGUUUUCGGUACCGCUACACCGGAAAGGUACGUCAUUUCUAUUCUGGAAGGAAUCAUUCCGUAACCGUGGGUACUAGAGGGGAAUAAGAUUCUUUUAAGGAAAGACAUUGAAUUAUAGUCGACUAUAACGUUGCAUAUGUCUUUGCAUGUUUUUCAUGAUCAUAUAUAUUUGUUUGUGUUGCAAGAAAUUAGUAUACAUGAACAAUUUUCAAAACCAUACUACCAAAAUUAUAAUCGUCAUCAUCUUCAUUUCUGUGAUCGCAGCUCGUUUUCGUUAAACAUUGUAGUAGAUAAUGAGAUGCCCAACAAUGGGUAAGAUGUAGAUUGUACCCUUCCAUCUGACAUGGAAAGGAGCUUGAAUUCCAUGCUAGGGAAUUCGACGAGGGAAAUUUGCUAUCUCCAUAUAGCAAGCGAGAGUUUGAGGAUAUGGUACGUGAUUUUCACACCAAUGUUUACGAGUCACCUACGACUCCUAACCUUGCAUCUAAUCCAUCACUCGACUCACCUGGCCUAGAUGAUCACUUUAGGGAAUGACCCCUUGACCUCAUUGGUCUAAACCAUGAAGGGGGCACUAGCGAUGCCUAGAUAAAAGGCAUUAAAGAGAAGGCACUACCUAUGAGGCAACCCAUAGAUUGUCUGACUUAAAGACAUUAAAGAUAAGUACUUCCGAGAGAUAACUCGUCUUCGUUUUUCGGCUAUUUUCCCAAUAAAGUUGGUUGAACCUAGGUUUAUGGAUCGCACCUAGUCUCACGAAUCAUGGAAUGACUUGGAGAUGAAACAUUACCCACUUAUCCACAUAAGGGUGAUCCUCAAACCUCAUAUCCAUCAACUUUGUGCUUCAACAAAACAAGAUGUUGCAACCCUCUUCGUGCGGAAGCGAUUUUGUCGCGAAAACAAUAGCCACCUAUCUUAAACAGUGUUAGGACAAUAUCUCGAGGAAAUUGUGACAACGUUAGACCCUAACACGGGGUAAGGUUUUACAACAAACAUUCUACAUUCUA